CUACAUCUACAUUGUGUACUCCACUUGCCUGGCAUCACUUGUAUUCCAACUAAUUUUGAUUACACAUACCGAUGAUGCCUGGACGGCAGCAUCAUUGUAUUCUACGUGCACGGCCUGCAGGCUGAUGUUAUCAUUAAUCACUAAUCAAGUAAGCAGUCAAACCAUAAGCUGGAAAAGUUUCCCAAAUGAUGCUGAUAAUAAGGAGCUGCUACAGAGGUUGGGCUGAAUAACCUUUUGGUUAGCCAUGUUCAUCGUCUUACUGCUCAUUCUCGGCUUCGAGCCAUUCAUCGCCGCCGGCGAUCCACUGGAUCAGAUCUGCUACACCAGCGUCCCCUAUAAUAGCACCUACCAAGCUAACCUUGAGCUCCUAUCUACUGUGCUAUCCACGAAUGCCUCAUCGACAAGAACCAUACAGGCCAAGGGCUUCGUCGGAACCGACCAAGACCGAAUUUAUGGUGUCACACAGUGCCCCGGCGACGCCACAGCAUCUGCAUGCUCCAGCUGCAUCACCACCGCGUUCCAUGAUGCUUGGCGGCUCUGCGGAUCGCAAAUGGACAUGCAUUUCUUGUAUUGGGACUGCAUCGUCCACGUCUCCACCGAGGACCUUGUCUACAACUCCAGUUUGGUGCUACGCAGGUUGCUGAUUCUUAAGGACACUACAGAUGCCAGCAAUCAGUUCUCUGGGAUCGCCAACUUCACCGACGCCACCAUUGAUGGCAACAUCAAGGUGCUGCUCCAAGAGACAGCCAAACAGGCAGCCUACAACUCUACAAUGAUGUAUGCCACCGGCCGCCUGGAUGUCUCCCACGGACUCCCGCUGCUCUACUCUAUGGCGCAGUGCAACCUGGACCUACGACCGAAUGACUGCUGGGAUUGCCUCGACAAUAUCAGGAGCGUAGCAAGGGGUUCCUUCCACGAGCAACAUGGUGAAUGGAUUGCUGGUGUGUGGUGCAAUUUUAGGUACAGCACGUAUCAGUUCUACAAUGACCAGCCCACGAAGAAGACCGGCUGGUCAGAUGUUGUAGAUCCAACAACAAACAUGCCGGCGCCAGGGCCGGUUGGUGUUCCAAGGCAGAAAGAUAAGAGUAAGACAAUAUGUUAUUUCUUUCCCUAAAACUAGUCUGUCUUCCUUUUUCCUUCUUCUAAAGGGCACUUUCCCCAUAUUUUAUAUCUGUUUGUAUUCAUAUUAUGAGAUCCUAUCACAUCUUUAUGACACAGAAAUUGACUAUACUGCAGCAUCCUUAUGAAUACAAACUUGGUGCCCAUCAGACUCAAGCAUCAUUAGACUGACUAGCUAUUCCAAAACUUCAUUUAACUCGAUGCUUGAGUCUGAUGGGAACCCAGCUGACGAGUAGAUUUGUGCUGGAACAAUGAGCGGGGUUAUGGGUACAGAGCACCUUUCAAUAUAGAUCUAAGUCUCUAGAUCUAAUGACCGCAAAUCAAUUUUGAUGAUUCUGAAAGACAUAAUUAAUUCACCUGGGUGGGGUGACUGCUACCCUUUGAUCAACGCUUUAAUUCAACAACCAUGCUUGCGAUGCAGCCUUAGACUAUAUUAUAUGUUUAAAUAUUCUUAAUAACAUACAGAAAAUGUCCAUUUUUCAACACUAAACUAUUACAAAAAUUUGUAUUUCCCUUAACAUCCAAAACCGGUUGUGCUCAACCUUGAACUGUUGAAUCCGUUCAGUUUACCCCAUUGGCCCUGUUCCAAGUUGUUUUAGCUGUCUCAGAAGACACGUGUUGUACCUCUAUACGUAAAUUCCCAUCUCUUCUGUUUUCUGUUUUCCUUGGUUUUUUGCAUUUUUUUUGGAAAUGUUUCGGUUUUUCUUUUCUCUUCACUUAAGCUGCAAACAUGGCAAAGGGCUGCCGUGCAGAAGUGAUGCUACAUGUCUACCACAUGUCAUCCAAAUCAGCUCAAAACCGCUUGGGAUAGGGCCAAAGGGCUACAGUGAACAGAUUCAAUCUUUCAAGGUUAAAAACAACUGGUUUCAGAUCUUAAGGUUGAAAAGUGAACUUUUGCAGCAAGAGAUUAUAAUAUGUUAGGAUAUUCCUCAAAACAUAAAUACCAAAGUUUAUUGUGUAGUUACAUUGGUUGAUUUGUCUAAUCAACUAACCACCUAUGUUUGUGUGAAAUCUUUCGUUUUAGGGCAUAUAAUAAAGGUAUGGAUCAUUACCACUGCUAUGCUUCUACUAGCAUCAUUUUUGUGCUUCAUCGUAUGGUUUAAACCAGUCAAAAGGAACAUUAAAGGUUAGUUAUGGAAAUGUUGCUGUACUCACAAAUUUCUUAGGCUGUUUAGAUUCAUAUAUAUUCGCUUACCUGAAAGGAUUACAUAAACUCUGAUUUUCGAAUUUUGGUAAAGUGAGCUCUCAGGAAGAUGAAGAGUUAGUCUGGGGGAUAGGGAGGAGUUCAGAGCUCAAGCUUUUUAACUUUUCACAACUAUCAGAUGCUACGAGUAACUUCUCAGAUGAAAAUAAAUUGGGGCAAGGUGGCUUUGGCCCAGUAUACAAGGUAAAAGAACACAUUUAUCCAUGUACACAAAGAGAACAAAAAUCGAACCUAGUUUGCAUCGAUAGCUAAUUUGUACGACCUAGUGGAUUUUAUACAUGUAGCUUUAAUUUUACUCACAAGCAUGGGGGGUUACUGAUCAGAAGAUGAGUAAACCGCUUCUAUUUCGCAAGAUGAUAUCACUGAUCAAGCUCUUUUAAACCUCCACAGGGCCAGCUUCCUGGAGGUUUGGAAAUAGCAAUUAAGAGACUAGCUUCGCAGUCUGGGCAGGGUUUCACAGAGUUUAAAAAUGAAGUCCAACUCAUAGCCAAGCUCCAGCACACAAAUUUGGUUAGGCUAUUGGGAUGUUGCUCUCAAGGAGAAGAGAAAAUAUUAAUCUAUGAAUAUUUGGCAAAUAAAAGCUUGGAUUUCUUUAUCUUUGGUAUUACUCCUUGUAGUUUUCUGUUACAGAUUAUGGGUUAACUCUAUCUGCUAAAAUUAUCCCCAGAACCUUCCUCCCCAUCUAAUAUACAUAUAUCAUU